AUGAGCACAAUAGUACAUCAGCAAUCGCCAAAUGUGGAAGCAGAAAAGGCUAGUACCGCUGAUUCCGGAGAUGGAUUCGCGGGAAUUGAGAGGAAAGAUCAAGAUCUUCGCGUUGAAAACAAGACAGGUAAAUCGGAAUAUGUCCCAGGUGUUUCGUUCGAUACAGUACCUUCGUUUGCAGGCGUAGCAUGCGACGAUCCUGAAUAUCACGAUAGAACUCUAGAUUAUACCGAGGAGGAAUUUUAUGACAAUGAAAGCGGAUCCCCCGAGCGAUAUCUUAACUUGACUCCUGAUGGCAAGUUCUUGGUCAUUCCGACCAAUCGUGUACGUGGUUGUUCGCCACCCCCAAGAGAAUUCACAUCGUUAACUUCUCUGGAUUCUGCCAUGAAUGGCUUUGAUGGUAAAAUAUUUAUUGGGGACAACGGCCAAAUUAUAAGAACAGAUUAUCCAAGCAGACCUACAAUUGUUAACGAUGCUUUGGUACUGAAUAGAUCGCACAGAGAUUGGUCUACUAAAUGGCAGCAAAGAAAAGAACAGAUUAAAGCGAGGCUUGAUUCUCCUAACGCAUACUAUAGGUUCCCCGAAAUUUUGUUUGCCAAGGAAAAGGUGAAAAUCCCUCUAGCAAGUGACGGGUACACACCAUUAACAAAACAGCAGAGGAAAAAAGCGUUGAUAUUAAAUGAAAAGGUCGGAUACCCAAAUACUCCAAGAACGAUCGUGUGUCACAUUAGCGGUCGCAGGCAUACUUGGACUGCAUUGGACUGGGUGUUAAAGCGAUUCAGCAAAGACAUUGAUCAUUUAGUGGUUUUGACAAACAUUCCAAGGAUGUCUGCCCGGAGAAGAUCCAAGUCACGUUCUAGAUCUAGAUCUGUAGCGAGCAGGAGCCGAUCUCUUGGGCCCUUUUCACGAGAAGACUUAUCGUCAGAACAGCUGCAGAGAACAUUGUCUGCUGGUCCAGGCACAAGUAGCAACGAGGAGAAGCAUCGAUGUUUUAUAGAGUGGACUUCUGGUUACGAAAUAGCAGAUAUCAAGAAAGUGCUAAAAAAUAUUGUACAAUAUGUUACAACCGUGCUACCGUCUGAUAGAGUUGUUAAACUUACAGUUGAAAUAGUGAUUGGAAAAACAAAGAAAGUUAUGCUUGAUGCUAUGAAUGUUUACACUCCCGACCUGAUAGUAUUAAGUUCGUUAAGAUGGAGAAGCACGGACUCGCUUGUGAUUUGGAAAUCAAGGGUGUUAACGGAUGCUUUAAGUCAGUCUUUCCCCGUCCCUGUAGUUAUCGUUCCAGUGAAAAAACUUGAUGAUUUCGAGGCUAAUUUAGAAGAAGAGUUGAGGGACGAGAAUAUAGCCGACCCCAAAAAAUUCUCGAACUCAAAAAUGCCAUAUCAUUCUGUAAGUGCACCUUCGUCCUUCGAUUCGGACUUAGAUAUCGAAAGCGCAGAGUGUGAAUCUUUUGAUCCACAGUCUUCGCCUGGGAAGUCGUUCAGGAACACAAGUCCAGGUAGGGUUUCUGAAGCCAGUUCCAAGUUCAGCAACUCAUCUUCAGCAGAUAGUUCAAUGAGUACUUCUAUCUGGAAUAAGCAACUCUCCUACCGUAAAAAAGCUGCACAUGAAAUUUAUAAAAUUGAGCAAAAUAAGGAUCUAUCGCCAGAAGAUAAACUGCUUGGUGAGGUUGAUGCGAUUAUUAAGUCCUCGAUUGAAUUUUCGAUGACAUUAGACAAUAUCGACAAAAGCACUGAUUCAUUUGUUGAAUUGAAAAAGGUGUUGACGGGAAAUACGACUCCCAAUGCAACAGCACCCAAACGGUCGAUGUUAGAUGUGGUUGAUAAGCCUAUCAAACAUAAGACACCCAUUUUCAAGAUUGAGAGACCCGUAAGUCCCUUGAAGAAGACCUCACAGAUUAAGUUCGCUCCUGAAGUUAAAGGGAAAGAUGGUCCAGGUGCGUUGGGGACUGGCCCUCUCGAACGAACUCUUUCUUAUGAUCCAAAUUUGCGCGUCGGACCAUCUCAAGUUCCCAAGCCGGGGGACACAAAUCUCAGGAAAGUACGCAGUGCAACUGGCUUGAAGCCUAUGCGCUCUGUGGAUUCUGUCGCAAGCGACACAAAGAAGAAGUCAAAAGGUUUUUUUUCCUUUUUCAAGGGUAGCGAUAAUGAGGGAAGUGCUAAAAGUAGCCGCACUCCCAGUAGAAGGAACAGUAGUGCUAGUGAAAGCAGCGGAGGGUUUUCACUCAAUUCGGGAUCUUCGCGUUCUAAAAGGUCUAGCUUCUUUGGCUUUAAGAAGUCUUGA